GUCAUGGGUACACAGUGUGCUAUACGGGAUGCCCGACGAACUCGAGAGCUUAUCAUCGGGAGAUGCAAAAUUAAAACCUUAUCAAUCACUAACACUAUUUAACAAUUUAACAACAACAACAACAAUAAAUAAUAAUUUUAAUUCAUAAUAUUCUAGUGUCGUCACGUUUAGAACCUAAGACCAAACGGCAAUCACUCACAAUUCUGAAGUUAUCUGAUUACAGCUGUGAGGUUGUUAUUACAAUUGUUUGGACGUAUUCAUUUGUUUGAUUACAUUACAUAUUCCACCCGAAGCAUUGUCUUUUUUUUGUCUCAAUCAGUUUAUAAAGAAAUCGCAAAAAAUAGUUAUUCAUCAUGUCAACGGACGAAGUGGAAUCCGAAAUCCAUUUCAUGAAAACUUAUUGCAUAAUGAAAUGGGACGAACUAAUAAAACUCAAUGAUAAUCGUAAAUCACUUAACCAGAAAAUCACACUUGGGUUGGCUACCAGAGAGGAUUUGAUGAAACAAAUAAAAGUUGAGCUAAGUAUGCUGGAUACGUGUCAACUUAAAAUUGAUCAAGAAAUGAAAGAAAAUGAUACAGCAUAUAUUAACACUGAAAUUCUUACUAUUUUAUCAAAUCGUAUCAAUGAUAUGUACAACAGUAUGUUUUUACUGUUUCCUGUUGAAAAGACUACAUUAUCAGAAUAUAUAGAAUUUUGCUCAAAUAAUACAUUGUUUAUUACUAAAUGUAGCAACAUGUUAGAUACUCUUAUGUCGAGAUAUCAUAGUGAUCCUGAAGUGUACAUAACUGCAGCAACAUAUGAAUUUGAUGAUCGAAAUGAUGUAGAAUCAGCUAGAAAAUAUUUUGCAGAAGGAUUAAAAUAUCACGAAAAUUGUAAAAAUCUAUAUGUAGAAGAGUUCUGGGUAGAAGUACAACAUUUAGAAAAGACUGCAGGUGCCUCACUACCAAUUGCUAUUGAAAAAUAUAGAAACCUCAUAAAACGUUUUGAAGGUGAUAUCGAAUUUCAUUUUAUAUUAUUGGACAGAGCAAUACAAUUAAGCUCAGCAGGAGAAUUGCAAUGUAAUGUUGUCAGAGAUAUGGUUAGAAAGUAUAGACAUAGUGAACUAAUGUGGCAAAAAUUAGCUAAAAUUCAUUUUGAUGGUUUUAUAUAUCACCAGGAUACUGAGCAAUUACACUAUGAUAAAAAUUAUACUAGUGGUAUUAGAAACUGCAUUAAAACCUAUGAGGACGGAUUGAAAGAAAAUUUACCACUUAACAAUAAACAUAAGUUAUGGAACUUUUAUAUUGAUCAUAUUAUAGAAAUUCGGAAAUCUUACCGCAUGAAAAAAGAAACAAUUAGAAAUUUUAUGAAUGAAACUAUGGAGCGAGCCUUUCAAGAAGCUCAUGAUAACAAGGCGUUACUUAAAGCUGAAUAUUACAUUUAUUGGGCUGAAAACACAAAUAAAGACUGCCAUAGGAUUCUGAGAAAAGCAGUUGAGGUGAUAGAAGAUAGUGUAGAACUCUGGAUUAAUUUAAUAUCAUAUUAUUUAAGCUAUGACAGUCUGGAAAUGGGCAUUGAAGCCUUUCAAGCUGGUGUUCGGGCUUUGACAAGCAAUUCGAUGCCCUUAUGGGAAAUUCUAAUUUUAUAUCUGGGAAACACUCAUCCAAAAUUGCUCCAACAAUUAUAUCACGAAGGUUCACGUUUUCCAUUCCCAGAAAUAAAUUUUGUAAUCAGGCCUAAAUAUUUGGAAUGGAGUGUAGUUCACGAAGGAAUACUUUCAACUCGUGAAUUGUUCAUUGAACUCAGAGAUAUAAAACCAGAAUGUAAACAGCUGUAUACAACCAUGAUUUCAUUUGAACUCGCUCAGAACUCCGGAAUCACCAAAUUGAAAACUAUUAGAAAAUUGUAUAAUGAUUUAUGUAAUGCUUUUGGCUCAACAGAUAUUGGAGUAUGGUUCGACUGCAUCCGUUUUGAGUACCUGUAUGGUUCUCCUAAAUUAGUGAAAGAAAUUUAUAAAGCAUCAUUAGUGUGUUUGAAACCAGAUUUAAGGAGUAUUAUGGCAGAAGAGUUUGAACAACUUAAGGAAGAAUUCAUGGAGGAUGAUCCUAAAGAUGGAGGAGUUAUUGUUAUUGAAGAUGAUGAAUAAUUUUAUAGUUACAACAAAAAUGUUUUUAAGUAGUAAAUUGGGUACUUCCUUUUUAUGUCUGUGAUAUGUGGUAUUAAUUUAAAGUCUGUUUAUUAUUAAUGAUUAUUUUUAUUUAUUUUUUAAGUGAAAAAAGCGUAAAACAACAAAAUAUUUAUUUAUUUUU